GGGCUAGCGGUUGCCAGGGGUAACGGAGGACACAAUGGCGGAGGAGAGUCCACAUGAAUCAAAGAAGAUAGUGUGCAUUUCCAUGUCACUGAUUGCUAAGCGAAAUUUGCAACUACCUGCAGAAAAACGGACACCAGAAGACAUAGCAAAUGCUUUGGGGAAGUUGACAACUGUUCGAUUGGACAGGGAGAAUAUUGGCGCCCUUGAAAAUAUUGAAUGUUUGGAAAAUGUCUGCAGUCUUUAUCUUCAGCAGAAUCAGAUAAAGAGGAUAGAAAAUUUAGAAUUGCUUUGCAAUUUAAGAUUUUUGACACUGGCUGGUAACAAAAUCCAGAGGGUGGAAAACCUUAAACCUUUGCAGCAACUGGGAUUCUUAGACCUUUCAAAUAAUCAGAUUGAACAGCUUGACCCAGGUGAAUUUCCAGAGAGUCUCAUCAUUCUGAAGAUGACUGAUAAUGACUGCACCAAACAGGAAGGAUAUAGGGAGAGGGUGAUAGAGGCUCUUCCUGGCCUCCAGCAGCUUGAUGGUAACCCUAUUCAAAGGAGGAAGGAACCAAAUGAAACUGAUGGCGAAAGUGGAGCCUGUGGACAUUCUGAAAGUGAGGAGGAUAUGGAAGAACAAUAUGACACUGAAACGGAAAAGGAAGAUUUAUUGCCGGAGAUCUCAGUUUCACAAGGAAAAGUAAAAGAAUUUUUUGUUGAUAUUCACAACGAAAUAGUUUGCCGAUCUCAUUGGCGGAGGAAGGAAGCUGAAACUGAUCAUAAGCUGAGGAUGAAUGAACUGGAGGAGAUUCGGAAGCAGAUAACUCAAAGACAGUAUGAACCAAAACCCAUUGAAGAGCAGGAUCUGGAUGUAUACUGUUACAGCGGACUGUGCAAACUGUUGGAUGGCAUCUUGGGACUCCAUUUCCAAAGUGUUAUCAAUUGAGCUAAACCAAGUUGAGGAGGUGGUGGAGCAAAUGGCGGACAGUAGAUCAAAGCCAGACUUUAGAGCAUUGAUGGGGUAAGAUGAUG